CCACAAACCUGAAUUAGGCGCGACAGAGUGCCAUCUGCUUCUCUCGCGAUACCUCGUUGAUGACGUAGAUAACGCGAGUCUUCUUCAGUUUUCAUUGGCUGCCGAAAGCUUAUGAGGGGGCGGGCAAAGUUGCGGCGAGAAUUCGCCGCCGUGCCAGAGCCAAUCCUGUGCAGCCAAGGGAACGAACCCGGAAGCGAGGUGAGCGGCAGCGAUUUUUGGCUUCGGAAGAGCUUGAUGAAUCAAACCUUGAUACUUGAAAUGCAUUUUAUUUAGCGUAGUGGUAAAAAUGGAAAAAGAUAACAUAAAUGAAGAUGAAAAACCAGACCCAGAGAGUUCCUUGGAGUUUUCUGAGCACUUUAACCAACUUGAAUUAUUGGAAACACAUGGACAUCUUAUUCCCACUGGUACUCACAGUCUUUGGGUGGGCAAUUCUGAUGAUGAUGAAGAGCAAGAUGAAAAUGAAGAGUGGUAUCAACUGCAAGAAAAAAUAAUGGAAAAAGAUCCAAGCAAAUUGCUACUUUGGGCUGCUGAAAAAAAUCGGCUUACUACAGUGCAGAGAAUACUUUCUGAAAAGGCCAGUCUUGUGAACACCAGAGAUGAAGAUCAGUAUACUCCUCUUCAUCGAGCAGCCUACAGCGGACACUUGGAUAUUGUCCGCGAGCUGAUUGCCCAAGGGGCAGAUGUGCACGCAGUGACUGUGGAUGGCUGGACGCCCUUGCACAGUGCCUGUAAGUGGAAUAAUGCCAGCGUGGCUUCUUUCUUACUUCAGCACGAUGCGGAUAUCAAUGCCCAGACAAAAGGCCUCUUGACCCCCUUGCAUCUUGCUGCUGGGAACAGAGACAGCAGGGAUACCCUUGAACUUCUCCUAAUGAACCGUUAUAUCGAACCAGGCCUGAAAAACAACUUGGAAGAAACUGCAUUUGAUAUCGCCAGGAGGUCAAGUAUCUAUCACUACCUCUUUGAAAUUGUAGAAGGCUGUACAAAUUCUGUACCUCAGUCUUAAUGGUUCUAGUAAUUUUCUUAAGUGUCUAAGUAGUAGUUCCUCCUUUGUGUGAGAUGUAAAAUAUUCCCCUAAUACAAAGUUAACAUCAAAUGUCUUACUGAAGAAAAAAUCAUUGGGACUCACUUUAAUGUCUGUCCAGGUGAAUUGCCUGAUCUUAAUGUCAAAAUGCAUUUGAGAGUUGCUUGGAUAUAUCUUUAAUGAUUUCUGUGGAGUUUGUGAUUUUUCUCAGAAAUAGUUUCAAUUAAGUAUACUUAAGAAUUUGACACAGGUUGUACAGAAACUAAAGAUAUUUUUGGUGCUGAUCUAAAAGAAAUAUAUUUUUAAAUGUCCUAUAUCUUGGAUUUUUUUGAGUAUUUAGUAUACUGACAUGUAUUUUUAUAAGGUAUAAUUCAGAAUGUAAUUUUUAAAUAUACUGUUGCAGUUCAGCUGUCUUCUCUACAUGUCCAUCUCCAGUUGUUUUCAUUUUAAACCAGAAGAACUAACAUUUUAGUGACUUCAAUCUUCACAACUUAAACAAAGAUCCAAAAACAUAGAUCUUUGUUUUUUUAGAACCAUUUUAGAAACCAUUAUUUAGAAACCAUUUUUAGGAAAGCACUUAGCCAGGUUUUAUCCAUAAAUGUUGUAUAAUGCCUUGUCUACUACAAUUCACCCAAUCCUGCAUCACCCUGAUCAGCCUGUGAUAUCCUUAUACUUACGGUAAGUCAGUAGGACCUGUUAGACAUGCAUAUAACUGUAGCUUGGCCCAGGACAUCAUAGUAUAUCUAAUCUCCAACUGGGUUCACCUGCCUAAUCCUCCUAGGCCAGGCUCUUUUCAUACAGUCUCGUGAAUUCACAGGAGAUGUUGAUUUUCCAAGGUACUUGUUUUGUACAAACCAUACAAAGACAAAUUGACAAGGGAAAAGGAAUCCUAAGAAUAAGAAGGAUGGUUAUUUUGACACUAGAACCACAAAGUGGCUCAAGUUUAAAAAAAAAAAAAAAUAUAUCGUGUGGAUAGUAUCAAAAAACAUAAAUAUAAAUAUUCAGUAAAAAUAAAGUACAAGUUUUGAUAAUCAAAAAGGCACAAACGGUUUUUUCACCUACAUAAAUCUUCAGUGGAUCUGUAACAUAUUUAUACAGUGUACUUUUUUUAAGAUUUAUUUUAUCUUAUUUGAAAGGCAGAGUUACAGAGAAGGAGGAACAGAGAGAGGGCAUCUGCUGGUUCACUCUCCAAAUAGCCACAAUGGCCUGGACUGGGCCAGGCUGAAGCCAGGAACUUCUUCUGAGUCUCCUGCGUGGAUGCUGGGGCCCAGGUACUUGGGUUGUGCUCUGCUGCCUUCCCAGGUACAUUAGCAGGGAGCUAGAUCAAAAAUGGAGCACCCAGGUCUUGAACUGUUGCCCAUAUGGGAUGCCGGUGCUGCUGGUGGCAGCUUAAUCCACUACACCACAAUGCCAGCCCCCUAUGUAUUAUACAUUUAUUUAGUAUCUACUUUUGGUCUCUCCAGUUCCAUUUCCCAUUGACUACCUGUCUGAACAUUCCCAAGUUCCCAAAGGGUCUUCUCUUAACUGCUCUACACCAGAACUAACAUCCUAGAGGAAGGUAGCUAAAUCAGUUCCUCUUCUCUUCAGUUCUGUUUUUUAAAUAACAGGUUAAGCCUCUGCUUGCAACAUCAGCAUCUCUUAUUAGUAUUCCAGUUCAAGUCCCUGCUCCUCUAUUUCUGCUUCAGCUUCCUGCUUACGUGCCUGGGAAGGCAGUGGAAGAUGGCCCAAGUGCUUGGGCCCUGCCUCCUGUGUUGGAGAGAAGGGUAGAGUUCCUGAUACCUGGCUUCAUCCUACCUCAACUAUGUGGCCACUUGAGGAAUGAACCAGCAGAUGGAAGAGGUCUCUCUCUCUCUAUUACCUUGCCUCUCAAAAAACCAUUUUAUUUUACACACAGCCUACUUUGUGACAUAGUGGGUUAAGCUGCCACCUGCAAUGUAAGCAUUCAAUAUGAGUGCCAGUUAGUGUUCCAGCUGCUCUACUUAUGAUCCAGCUCCCUGCUAAUGGCCUAGGAAAAGCAGCAGAAGAUAGCCCAGGUGUUUGGGUUCUUGCUACCCACAUGAGAGAGCCAAAUGAAGUUCUUGGCUUAUGGCUUUGGAUUGGCCCAGCCCUUUCCUUUGCAGCCAACCAGCAGGUGAAAGAUUGAUCUCUGAGUUUCAGAUAAACAAAUCUUUAAAAAAUGAAAAAUGUCCACCAAGGUUUGUCACUUUUGAGUAAGCCAUUGACACAGUCACCCUAGACUUCAUAGAAAUGUUAUUUAAUCAAAUAUAUGUGGCAUUUCUUUGAUUAGAAAAAACUAUAAUUAUCUCAGGAAAGUUUAUGAACUGAAUUGUUAUGACAAACAGAAUCAUGAAAGUUAGGAGAUCUUCAAUUAUUUCAUGAUCUCUGGCUAGAACAUGCCUCAGUUUCAAAGUAUAAAUAUCUCUGAUGGGGCUGGCACUCUAAUACAGCAGGUUAAACUGCUGCCUGUGGCACCAGUUUGAGUCCCAUCUGCUCCACUUCCAAUCCAGCUCCCUGCUAGUGUGACUGAGAAAAGCAGCGGAAGAUGGCCCAAUUGCUUGAGACCCUGUACCCAAAUGGGAGACCCAGAUGAAGCUCCUGGCUUCUGCCUGACCCAGCCCAGCCCAUUACCGUCAUUUGGAGAGUGAAUCAGUGGAUGGGAGUUUCUCUCUCUCUCUUGCCUUCCAAAUAAAAUAAAUCUUUAAAAUAAAUAAGUAUCUCUAAUGCAAGGGUUUUGGCAAAAAGGUUUGCUUACUCUUUAAUGUGGCCCAAGUAAGCGAUACCAGAUGACAGGUAAUGUUGACAGUGAUGGUAGAAUAGGACUCCAUCUGUCCCAAUAAAGUUGCUCAACAAGACCACCUGGUUAUCUGAAAAUACCAAGAUCUUUGGCUUAAUUCAUGCUUGAGAAUGGGUUGCAUCCAUUGUUUUAUGUAAACUUUCCAUUUAAGUAUGGGGCCAAAGGACCGUCUUUUCUUUUUUUCUUUUUCUUUUUUUUUUUUAAUUUUUUUGACAGGCAGAGUGGACAGUGAGAGAGAGAGACAGAGAGAAAGGUCUUCCUUUUUUGCCGUUGGUUCACCCUCCAAUGGCCGCCGCGGCCUGCGCGCUGUGGCCAGCACACUGCACUGAUCCGAAGGCAGGAUCCAGGUGCUUCUCCUGGUCUCCCAUGGGGUGCAGGGCCCAAGCACUUGGGCCAUCCUCCACUGCACUCCCGGGCCAUAGCAGAGAGCUGGCCUGGAAGAGGGGCAACCAGGACAGAAUCCGGCACCCCGUCUGGGACUAGAACCUGGUGUGCCGGUGCCGCAAGGCAGAGGAUUAGCCUAGUGAGCCGCAGCGCCAGCCAGGACCGUCUUUUCUAAUUAAGGAGCUGAGAUGUGACCACUCCCUUGUUUUUAGGUCUCAGCACUCACCAAUGCUGGAGGACAAGCUCUGCAUAUAAGAGAGACCCCUUCGUGGGGGGCAGAAUUUGUAUUCUUUGCUCCCUUAAUUAUUUUCUUAGUAUUUGCUAGACUCCUCUGCCCAUGGAAGGCAUUCAUUAAUCAUGCUAUCAAUUGUGUUACAUUCCUAUACUUUCCAGUUUAUGUAGGCUUCGUCAGUUUGAAAAUAUUCUGUAAUCUUGGAAAGUUGAUCCAAAGGCUUUUAAAAAA